AUGGGACUUGAAAAAGAAAAAAUGGAAAUAAACGUAAUUAUGGAUGAGGAUGAAUUCAAUAGAUCGAUUGAACCUAUACUGGGAAAAAAGCCGAGCGUCCCGGACAGAGAUCCUGAAAAUAUUAACGCGCACCUAAAGGUUGGUUUUGAAGACAUCAUUGCUGAACCCAUCUCCACGCACAGCUUUGACAAAGUGUGGAUCGGCAGUCAUGCUGUGUUUGAGCUGGUGAAAUUCAUCUUCUACCGGUUCCUCACCACGUUUCUGGCCAUUCCCAUGGCAUUCAUUGCAGGGAUUGUUUUCGGGAUCCUCAGCUGUAUACAUAUUUGGGUGGUGAUGCCAGUGAUCCAGGGCUGUAUGAUGACACUGCCCUCCAUCCACGUGAUCUGGACCAGCCUGAUGGACAUGUUUAUAGGGCCGUUCUUCUUCAGCAUUGGACGCUGCUUGUCGUCCAUUAAUGUCAAGACUGUGCAAAACUGAGCAAAUCUAAAUCAGCAAAGAAGUGUUGCCGAAUCUCUAUCACGAUGUUGUGGCCUCCUGUUGGAGGAUUAUUAGCUGAAGGAUCAUUUAUUCUGGACUUCUGAAGUACAGAGAAUAGAAAGAAGUUUUCUUUCAUUUCAAUGCACAGUUGCAAUAUUCAUUCCGUUGUUUUGGCACUGACACGUCACCCUCGUAAUGGGCGGCGUUAGUGCUGACAUGCUUUUUCAGUACUGUUAUGUAAGUCUAAUUAAGCUUUUGUUAUAUAUAUAAUAUAUAUAUAUAUUUCAAGAUUUUUCAAAGAUUAUAAUGUAAUGAUUGAGAUUUUAGCCUUAAAGCAAUAGGUCAUCCAAAAAUGAAUAUGUGCUGAAAAUGAAAUCACCCUCAUGCCAUCAAAGUUUUUUAUCUACUGUUUAGACUCUCAUUCUGACGGCACCCAUUCACUGCAGAGGAUCCAUUGGUGAGCAAGUAUAGUAAUGCUAAAUUUUACCAAAAUUAGUUUGGCAGAAGAAACUCAUCUGUACAUAUUCGAUUGCCUGAGUGUGAGUCAAGUGUUAACAAAUGUUCAUUUAAGGGUGAACUAUUACUUUAAGAUAUCGUGUUACUACAUGAUAUGUAACACUGCAAUAAGCGUAUCAUGUACUUGUAAGGAAAAAAAUGAUGCAACUACUUCCAAUAGGGCUGUAGUGUUGUGCGAUUUCUGAGCUAAUAUUUAUAUUGUUUGGAGAUGAUUUAGCAAGAAGAGUAAAUUAAAUGAUUUGAUAACUGUGUAUAAACUAUUUAUGGUUGUUAGGUGCAUUCCUAUCUUAAAGAGCAUUUCUAUACUAAUAUAACACAUUUUCUUCUGUAUUAAUGACUUCUUUAUAUAAUGAUAAAAAAGCACCCAAAUGGCGAUUAGUUUGACUUGCAAAGCCAGAAAGACAUGCUGUUUGCCAUUGAUUGUGCUUUGAGUGGCUCCGCAGAAUAAAUGGAAUAUUUGACUGUGCAAUGGAACAUUAGAGGCUCAGGUGCCGUUUCCUCACCCAUGAUGAAUGAUGUCAUGUAGCAAACAUGCUGAACACAGCUCAGCUUAUGAAAGACAGCACUAAAUGUCUCUCAUUUCAGCAAAUAAAAUUAUUUUUGGAAGUUAAA